UAGUUGUAGAAUCUAAUGAGUGUUAAUUAAUAGUUUUCUUUGGAUACUAUGUGCUCUAGCUUUAUCAAAAACUUAUAAAUACCUGAAUGUUACUAGGGAGUACCUGAAUUGAGUAUUCACAUUUGAAGCAUAUUGCUGGAGAUGAUUUUCAGGUCAAGCCAAUGAUAUCAGAUAUGGAUUUACAAAGAAGUUUGAGUGUUUUGCAGAAUUAUCACGAGUCUGAAUGGGCUGGCGAUGACAGUUUGUACUCAUCGUAUGACCCCAACAAUAAUGGACCAUAUAUCUACACAGAUCCUCUGGACUAUCCUAUGAGGCCGAUGAAUGGUCAGUUUAUGUUGAGCGGAACAGAUUACCAUUAUACAACAAUGACUUGCCCUGGAAGCUCAGAUUUAGACGAUAGUCAUGAAUCAGAUGAUUCUAGUGUAAUACUUGAUCCAGCAGAGAUGGAAUUGAUAGAAUUUUACGAAAGAGAUGUGGAAGAAAAGUAUUCACAUACUGAACAGUUUCAACAAUCGCUUAGUGCUCCUUAUCAGCAACUGUGUAAACCACAACAAAGUAACAAUUUACCGGCCUUUGAAACUUUAUUCAAAGGAAAUCGUCAUUCCACAUGUUCCAAUAAUGUAAAUAGACUGAGUAAUGUAAUGUCUGACUCUGAGGACGACGAAGAAAGUAGCAGUAUUUGUAGGAAAGGGAAACGAGGUGCUAAGAACGUUUUGUUGUGGAAAUUCUUACUGGAAGAAUUAAAAAAGGGUAAACACGUGGAAUGGACCGAUAUAUCCCAGGGAACUUUCCGAUUUGUCGACACAAGUGAGAUCAGCAGGCUGUGGGGAAACAUGAAGAGAAAAGAUGAUAUGAACUUUGAAAAGCUCAGCAGGGGAAUUAGACAUUACUACAAAAGCGGGUUUAUGAGCAGACAAGAAGGUACUAGACUUAUCUACAGGUUUAACUGGGCCAAAGUACCUAAAAAAUACAGACAAUACGACCCUAAAAGGGGAAUGACCAUUAAACAUCAAAUCGCAUAUUAAAACAAAUGAAGUAUUUCCACACAGAUGUGUUCAGCGUCCAGGGGUCACAAACAUUAAAACAGUGACAAAACAAUAUUUACUUAAUACAAGUUACCAAGAACAUGUUUUCAUUAUCCUUUACACACUGUUAUAUGAAUCGCUUUAUUGCUUGGUAAUGAACAAAAAACAUUUUAUAAAUCUCAUUUAUAAUGAACAAAAGGGUCGACGAAGAGUGCAAUUGUUUUUGUCGCAUGAUAAACUGUCAGGCGACAUGUUAAUUCCGGUACUUUAUGCCUUAUUAUAUUUGCAUGUGUGAUAGUGAGACAUUUUUGAAGAAUAAGAGAUGUUAGUGUUGUAUGCCAAGGGAGGAGAUCUGAAUCUGUGAUUUUUGUUGCUCAUAUAUAUUAUGUACAUAUUAUGUAAAAAUGAAAUUAACACUGCCACUGUAAUAUACUGUUAAUUCGAGGACGAUUCCAUCGUUCUUCUUGUUGAUUUUUUCAAAAUUUUAUUUUGUAAAUAAAAUAAUAAAAAUUG